AUGUCGCGCGGCGGCGGGUGCUGCCCCCCGAUGGAUCUACUGCGGUCGGAGGCGAUGCAGCUGGUGCAGGUCAUCAUCCCCGCCGAGUCGGCGCGCCUCGCCGUCUCCAACCUCGGCGACAUCGGCCUCCUCCAGUUCAAAGACCUUAAUGCGGACAAGAGCCCAUUCCAGCGGGCAUAUGCUGCCCAGAUCAAGAGGUGUGGUGAAAUGGCUCGCAAGUUGCGUUUUUUCAAGGAACAAAUGUCGAAAGCUACCAUAUUGAUUUCUCCCACACAAUUUUCAGGAGCUCCUUUGGAAAUUGGUGAUCUGGAGAUAAAACUUGGGGAAUUUGAAGCUGAGCUAACUGAAGUAAAUACAAAUAAUAGAAAAUUGCAGAGGACAUACAAUGAGCUGGUGGAGUACAGUGUUCUUCUAGAAAAGACUGGUGAGUUUUUCUAUUCAGCUCAAAGAAGUGCGGCAGAGCAACAGAGGGAAAUGGUGGCUGAUCAGUCUGGUGAUUCUUCUCUGGAGAGUCCUUUAUUGCAUCAGGAAAUGGUGAUAGAUCCAUCGAAACAAGUGAAGCUAGGUUCCCUGAUUGGUCUUGUGCCAAAGCAAAAGGCUAUGGCCUUUGAGCGUAUACUUUACCGUGCCACCAGGGGCAAUAUGUUACUCCGACAAGAAUCUGUUGAUGAAUCUAUAAUUGAUCCACAAUCUGGAGAGGAGGCCGUGAAAAAUUAUUUUGUUAUAUUCUACUCUGGAGAGAGAGCAAAAUCCAAGAUUCUGAAAAUUUGUGAUGCUUUUGGCGCCAACCGUUAUCCACUUCCAGAAGACCUUGCCACACAAUUACAUACUAUUCAGGAGGUAUCUGGAAAAGUGUCAGAGUUGAAGGCAACUGUUGAAAUAGGUUUAGCUCAUCGUGACGGCAUACUUAAAAAUGUAGCCUCUGAGUAUGAAGAAUGGAACAACCUGUUAAAGAAGGAAAAGGCUAUUUACCACACGCUAAACAUGUUCAGUCUUGAUGUAACAAAGAAAUGUUUAGUUGCUGAGGGGUGGAGUCCCGUUUUUGCUACAAGUCAGGUACAAGAUGCACUUCAUCGUGCUACUACUGGUAGUAACUCCCAAGUUGGUUGUAUUUUCCAAAUUCUAAACACACAAGAAUCUCCUCCAACGUAUUUCCAGACAAAUAAAUUUACAUCCUCCUUCCAGGACAUUGUAGAUGCCUAUGGUAUUGCGAGCUAUCAAGAAGUAAAUCCUGGUCUAUUCACUAUCGUAACAUUCCCCUUCUUAUUUGCCGUCAUGUUUGGCGAUUGGGGUCAUGGAAUUUGUAUAUUUCUUACUGCAUUGUACCUCAUAAUCCGAGAGAAGAAGCUAGCUUCACAGAAACUAGAUGACAUAGUGGAAAUAAUGUUUGCUGGGCGCUAUGUAAUUUUGAUUAUGUCCCUUUUUUCAAUUUACACUGGAUUGAUAUAUAAUGAGUUCUUCUCGGUUCCAUUUGAGCUCUUUGGUAAAUCUGCCUACGCCUGCCAUGAUCCUUCGUGUGGGGAUGCUACAACUGAAGGAUUAGUUAGGGUGGGGCAAACAUACCCAUUUGGUGUCGAUCCAGUGUGGCAUGGAAGCCGCAGUGAGCUGCCAUUUCUCAAUUCCCUAAAGAUGAAAAUGUCAAUUCUUCUUGGAAUUGCACAAAUGAACCUUGGAAUUGUGUUGAGCUUAUUUAAUGCAAAGUAUUUCAAAAAUACUGUUAAUGUUUGGUAUCAGUUUGUUCCUCAGCUGAUCUUCUUAAACAGCUUAUUUGGUUACCUGUCACUCCUCAUCAUUAUUAAGUGGUGCACUGGCUCAAAAGCUGACCUAUACCACAUAAUGAUAUAUAUGUUCCUGAGUCCAACAGAUGAUAUUGGGGAGAACCAGCUAUUUCCUGGGCAGAGAAUUGUGCAGCUUGUUCUACUUCUGCUUGCUCUGGUGUCUGUGCCUUGGAUGUUGUUUCCGAAGCCAUUGUUUUUGAAGAAGCAACAUGAGCAGAGACACCAAGGCCAGCAUUACACCAUGCUCCAGGAGACAGAUGAAUCAGUGGCUCAAUUGGGAGGACAACAUGAAAACCCACACAACCAUGAGGAGUUUGAAUUCAGUGAAGUUUUGGUCCACCAGCUGAUCCACACAAUUGAGUUUGUGCUUGGUGCGGUCUCAAAUACCGCCUCAUAUCUUCGUCUUUGGGCUCUCAGUCUCGCGCACUCGGAACUGUCCAGUGUCUUUUAUGAUAAGGUUCUUCUUCUAGCAUGGGGAUACAACAAUGUUAUCAUCCUUGUCAUGGGAGUAACCGUCUUCCUCUCUGCCACUUUUGUUGUUCUGCUUUCAAUGGAGACCCUAAGUGCGUUUCUGCAUGCCCUGAGGCUCCACUGGGUCGAGUUCCAGGGCAAGUUUUACGAUGGUGGUGGGUACAAGUUUGCGCCAUUCGCAUUUGCAUCAAUCAUCGAGGAGGAAGAUUAG